GUAAGUAGACAUUUGGGAGUGUGCCCUUGACAGUGGUGGAAGUGGAAACAUGGCAGGACCUCAGCCUCCUGUGAUAGAAGGGUUCGUUCCGACCCACUAUAUGGAGAAGGAGCAGUUCACCAGCAAAUUCUCGAGGAAAGUACGGGAAAACCCGUUUGUACCAUUAGGAUGUCUUGCCACUGCAGGCGCUUUGACAUAUGGGCUCAUCACUUUCAAGCAGGGCAAAACCAGACAGUCCCAGCUGUUGAUGCGGGCACGUAUUCUCUCACAAGGAUUUACAGUUGCCGCCAUUAUGGUUGGUGUUGUUAUGGCUGCCAUGAAGACGCGUGCACAGUAAAGCAGAGAUGGGGACUGGUUGAAGAGGCUGUGGCUAAUCCAAAGGACUUCACUCUACAGACAUUUUCCUUUCCCUUGGAGAGUGUGACUAGUUCAUGAGCCCUGGAUGAUAGAUUUGUGAUGAAUAAUACAUCUCUUAUGUUUUAUAAAUUGUCAUUUUGGUGGCAACAUCUUUGAACACCUAAUCAGUACCUUCCUGGGGUCCAAUGGCGAUUUACUACGUAUUUCCACUUAGCCUGUUCAUAAAUGUGUACACUAGU